AAAAAUCAGAAAAUUUUAACCUUUUUAUCUCUUUUGUGACACCACAACAGAAUCCAUCGAGAUUAUAAAUAUUCGCCAUUAUUAUGAUCAGGUAGUUCAAACAGAACCAAUUCUUCAUCAGUGCUCGUGAUCCAUACUGUCACCGCCCAUGGAUGUAUAGUAAUAACAGUACAACAAAUGAUCAGCCUCAGGAACAAACAUCAACGUAUCAUGUGGAGAAAUAAUAAAGUGAAAUAACUAAGGAUUAGAUACUCCAUUAGUGAGUUGAACAAUAAAUAUAACAUGUGCAGAAAUAAAAGCGUGAACUAAUUCAGAACCAGAAUAGAAGGGUAAAGAUUUAAUAAAACGUGUGUACAAGUAACUACGUAAGCUAAUUCAGAACAAGAAUAGAGAGCUAAAGAUGCUGAUAAAUAACAGUGUGAGCUAAUUCAGAACUAGAAUAGAGAGCUAAAGAUUGAAUAAAACAUGCUGAUAAAUAACAGUGUGAGCUAAUUCAGAACUAGAAUAGAAGCUUACAAUGAAUAAAACAUGCUGACAUAAUAACUGCUUGAACUAAUUCAGAACUAGAACAGAAGCUUAAACAAUGAAUAAAACAUGCUGACAUAAUAACUGCUUGAACUAAUUCAGAACUAGAAUAGAAGCUUAAACAAUGAAUAAAACAGGCUGAAAAAUAACAGUGUGAGCUAAUUCAGAACUAGAAUAGAAGUUUAAACAAUGAAUAAAACAUGCUGAAAAAAUAACUGCUUGAACUAAUUCAGAACCAGAAUAGAGGGCUGAAAUUCGACCGAAAUAUAUAUAGUGGCGCGAUGGCUGACUGGUACGCAGCGGGACCGAGAGAGCAGUUGAUGUCUCUGCACGGCUUUGACUCAGCCGCCAUGCUGGGGUACAGUCACGCUCCCUUCCCCGGCUUACAGCCCCACGACGCGUACCCUCACCCGCACUCUCAUCCACACCCGCACAGUCACGUGCAGGCUGCACAGCACGCUGCAGCUGCUGCAUACUCCCUGCAGAGGCAGCAGCAGCAACCAAAUUUCUGUUUCGGCGACCAGCAGUGGAGGCAUCCGGAUGGAAGCGUCAUGGAGAUGCGCAAGGAGAAGAGCAGAGACGCUGCAAGAAGCCGCAGAGGCAAGGAGAAUUUUGAGUUCUACGAACUCGCCAAGAUGUUGCCCCUCCCUCACGCCAUCACAACACAGCUGGACAAAGCCUCGGUCAUCAGACUGACGUUAUCUUAUCUUAAGCUACGCGAUUUUACUCUACACGGCGACCCACCCUGGACUCGUAUUCAUUCUCCGAAUAAGAACUUUAAAAAUAUAAGAGGACGCUCGCCUACUCCUCUCCACAUGGAGCUUUUUGAUGCCCACCAGGGCACCCACAUCCUACAAUCCCUAGACGGUUUCGCCUUCACCCUCGCAGCCGAUGCAAGGUUCCUGUACAUCUCCGAGACUGUGUCCAUCUACCUGGGCCUGUCACAGGUGGAAAUGGCUGGGUCGUCAAUGUUCGAGUAUGUCCACGCAGACGACCAUCAGGAACUGGCUGACCAGCUGGAAGUUACCCUAGCCACGGGGCAGCCAGCGCCCUCGCCAUCCAGUCUUGCUUCUGACGAUGCCACGCCUAACAAUGACCAGGGCACCAUGAAUCCUGACGUUGCCACGUCCAUGGUGGUAGACGGGAACUCCAAUUACACUGGCUACGACCGAGCCUUCUGCAUCCGCAUGAAGUCCACACUCACCAAGCGGGGUUGCCACUUCAAGAGCUCCGGGUACAGGGUGGUGCUGAUUAUGGGUCAUCUAAGGCCCCAGUACGUCUUCUCGCACACUCCCCGCAAGUCCCCGGCCGCUCUUCUUGGCAUGGUCGGUCUUGCCAUCGCCAUGCCACCUCCCUCGGUGCACGAGCUUCGACUCGAGUCAGACAUGUUCGUGACGCGUCUCAACUUCGACUUCAGAAUCGCCCACUGUGAGCCAAAAGUGAGCGACCUGCUGGACUACACAGCGGAGGAGCUACAGGGUCGCUCCCUGUACUCCCUCUGCCACGGGCAGGACGCGACGCUCCUACGCAAGGCCCACACCGACCUUUUGAAGAAAGGCCAAGUGAUGACGCCAUACUACCGCCUCCUGAACAAGGCGGGCGGGUACAGUCUCAUGCAGCUCUGCGCCACCAUCAUCUGCAACACCAAGACCGGCGAAGAACAGAGCAUCAUUGCUGUCAAUUAUGUCCUCAGCAGAACCGAGGCUGCCGGCACGGUGCUGGACUGCAGCCAGCUGCCCCGCAAGGAUGGCGCCGCUCUCAACUCCGAGCCAAGCGACAGCGGCAGCGAUAACAAAACAUCAAACUUCGACGGUAGGCAUUCUGGCAGCGGACAAGCGGAGAGCGAUCCGCGCGCGGAGCAUCAAAAUGCGCGGCCGCACGCCAAGUCCGGUGAAGGCUCUCCUGAAAAUAUCAAUGAGCUGCCUCCUCUGGACAUCGUGAACAACAACCAAAACCCAGGAUCGACAAAUUCCCCAACUUCGUCAUCGACGGCUUCUCCUCCUCUGACUCCCCCACCUCCAACAAGCCUCCCCAGGCCUCCACUCCACUCCCCUAACAAAAACAACAAGUCCCCACCGGGUAUAGUGUCCCCUGGUCCCUGUUCUGCACUCCCCAACUCCCGAUAUUCCCCCUUAAGAUGCAGGUCGUCCCCCAGUCACAACAACAACCACUUUACGUCGCUUGAUAAACUCUCUCAACACGACCUGGGAGGUGGAGGCUCAGUACGUCAUCUCGAAGCAGCCAUGACAAGACACUUGCCUCAUGAAAGUGGACUCGCCAACAGCCUGGGAGGUGGACUGGGUAGCGGUUUGUCCACCAUCCAGUGGGCUGGUGGUCAGGAACCUUCAUCAUCCGCUAUACUAAGACAGCUUUACGCAGCCAAACGUGAGACUGUCAUCCGAACGUCCCGGGACACAAUCGAGACGUCGCCUGGCAACUCAUCCAUAUCAGCCUCUCCGCUGUCAACCAUCCAGUCCCCUAGCAUCCUUCCCACGCACAACGCCAGCUUCGCAGGAUAUCACCUCACUCCACCCUCCAGUAUGUCGCCGGACAGACUCAAGACCCAUGCGUGUGACCCAUACGCAGAUCUUUACUCACCUUUGUAUUCAUCACAGGCUGGGCCUCCUAAAAACCCGUACGAUGCACUGCGCUCGCCUUGGUACCCUGCAUGAUAAUUAAUCCACAUGAUUACUGAAGUAAUUGGCCUAUAUUCUUCUGAAAAAAUAAUAGCGAGAUCAUGAAUUUAAAUUUUGGACUGCAUUUCUGAGGCUUGCUAUUGAUGAUAUUGUUCUCUGGAGCACACAUGUCGAUGCUAAUUAGUAAUAAUGAUGAUGUUAGGUUUGACGUGUAGCAUAGCUUUCAAUUCCACAUUUGAAUUUACACCGUUUGUCUGAAAAGAUGAACAGCGAUUGCAUGAGUGCAAAUUUUCCAAUAUCGGCUUAAUCUAUCGUCGAGGCUGCCGCCAUAGAUAUGAAUAUGACUGCAAAGUUGGAGCAGUUCCCACGAACACACGAAUUAUUCUAUUUAAAUAUACAUUGCGCAAUACAUUCCUCAUUAAUGAACACGUACUAACAAAGACUCGUUAGUUGGCGCCCUGAAUACAAUUAGCAAGCAGAAUUUUUUGAAGAGAACCCUUUGAUUGACGUAAAAUAGUUGUUCUGAUAAAUUCCAGGAUGAGAGAAAUUUAUUUAUACUUUUAUAUUCAAAAUCAAUUUAGAUAUCAGAAUUUUCCUGAUAAUUCUUUUCUUAAUUCACAAACCAUGAUCAAGACAAACCAUGAUCACAAACCAUGAUCAAGAGCUAGUCAUAGAUAUUGAAUGGUAUAACUCUGUAGUUACUUUGGUAGCUCCGAUCGUUUCACCUUUAAUGUGAUAAGGGGUAAAACCGCAAUUAAAUGGGGCAUUCAAUUCUAUCUCAAUUAAGGUUCAAUCUUGUUAUCCUUCUUUCAAACCCCGAAAUUUCCUUUUAUUGAUAGUCAAUACGUCCUCUAAUCUAAUUUUCAUUCCAUCAACGACUUCAAACCUGAGGCAUGUAUCAGUACCAUAUAACAUAAUUUAAUUUAAUCAGCACAAUAUAACAUCAGAUUAUACGCGAAUUUUUUGCGGUUUCAAUCCACGAUCCAUGCAAAUGAGCUACCGUAACUCAUGUUCACGAGCCUUAUUCAAGUCAUGGCGCCCUCGUGGCGAGGGAUAUAUUCUCUUCUCUGGAUAAAAUAUUUCUUCGUGCUGCCAACCAAAGCUAUAGUCCUAGUUGUACCUAAUAAUAAAAUAGGAUAUAAGGGAUCUUAGAAUGUACAAGCUGAACGAUCUGGUGCUUUAAAUAGUUCUAGGACGUCGAUGCAAUAUACUGUAAUAUAAUUACUUUUAGAUACGAGCAUUCAGUUAUCUGAAAAUGCAGGUCUUUGGUUUCAGAAGGUUGUCCAUUCAUGAAGAAUAUUUUUAAGCGUGAAUUUUAUUCAAACUUCAA